AAAGGAGAGCCUUCACACCCAGCGAGGCCAAAGUGGUCCUUACAGGGCCUCAAGGGUGGAUGCCGGAGAGUGGGCGCAGCAUCCCGCCGCCCCUGUCUGUCUCUUCCACCUUGGGCCUAAAUUUCAAGGCAAUCUCGAAUUACAGUUAG